AUGAGUUGGUCAAUAAAGCCAGCGGUAGCGGUAGCGGUUUAUGGCGAUAAAUCGGCGUUCUACAACUGUGAUAUCUUGGGGUUGCAAGACACGUUGUGGGACAAUCAAGGCAGACAUCACUUCAAAGAUUGUUACAUUGAAGGUGCUAUCGAUUUCAUUUUUGGCCAGGGCCAAUCUAUCUACGAGGACUGUCACAUACACGCAACAGCGGGAGGAUUGUCAUCAGAAGUGACGUACGGUUACAUAACGGCUCAAUCAAGAAGGAGUGAUUCGGACACAAGUGCGUUCGUGUUCCUACGAGGAAGUGUGUCAGGGACCAUCAAUGUCUAUCUUGGACGAGCCUAUGGUCCAUUCAGCCGAGUCAUUUUCAUCCAAACCGAUCUUGCUUCUGUCGUCAUCCCUCAGGGUUGGUUCCCUUGGCACUUCGCUGGUCACGAAGCGAGGUUCACGUACGCAGAAGUUGAUUGUAAAGGAGCUGGGUCGGAUGUUUCUGGAAGAGUUCCUUGGAUGGACAAACUUCAUUCUUUUCGCGCUAAACAACGAUUCUCUACUUCCAAUUUCAUCGACCAAGAUGGAUGGAUCUCCAAUAUUCCUCGUUUCUAG